UCCUCCCCACGUCGGCUUCGUCCACCCCGCGGCGUCGAUCGGCGCGUCGCCGCCCGGCGCGCUGUGGGGCCACGGCGGGCCCCCGCCGCUGACGGCGCUGCAGCACCCCCACGCGCCGCAGCCGCCCGCGGCGUUUCCCCCCGCGUGGUACCCUGGCUACGCCGCCAUGGCCGCGUCCCUGUACGCGCCGCCGCCGCACCCCGCCGCCGCGGGCGCGCUGGGUGUUCCACCUGGGACGAUGCUGCCGCCACCGCCAGCUGGAGGGGUGGGCGCGUCCACGGGCCAGAGGGCGCCGCCGCCACUUGCCGCCGCGCCCGCCAGGGCGCCGCCCUCCGCCCCAGGCGAAGGCGCCGCCUCCCUUGGCGCCGACAUCCUGGCGUUGAUCGGGGGAGGCGGCGGGAAGCUCGGAGCCGCGCGGCUGGGCGACCCCAUCGAGCGCGUCGCACACGCAGACGCGCUCAAGGCGCGGUAA